AUUUUCCCUGCACCACGCGAGCGGGUAGGACGUGUACACAUUGUCGCUGUUAGUGGGCUGCUUCACGCACAUCUUCUACGGUACACACAUAGAGACAACCAAGCAGACACAGUGAGCGAAGCGAGUUGCGAUCGAAUGCAUCGCAGCCGUGCGUGCACCAGCCCUGCCGCCGAGUUUCAGUUGUUUGUUCCCCUAUUGUUCACCCAAUACACACAAUUUGUGCGUGCGUGCGUGCCUGCUGUCGUUGUGCUCGUUGGUUUACACAUAUCCCCCAAUCGUGUUUGUGUGUGUGUGUGUAUGUGUUUCUGUGUGAGUAAAGAUAGAGGCGAAGGUAUCCAGGUGUUUGUGUGAGUGUUUGUGUGUCUAUGAGCAAAUCGUACAGUACAGUAAAGUGCGUGAAUGAGUGACUACCGCCCGCAUAUGAAGCAGGGGGUGGUUUUGUUUCCCCUCCCGUUCCAACCAGUGUUGCCAGCGAAUGCCACACAGUGACGGACGGGGAGGAACAGUGCGUGAAUGUGUGGAAGUGGCGGGGAGUGUGUGUCGCGCGCGAAACGACGCAUGAGUACGCUUGGGUAGGGUAGCCGCCCCAGCCAGCUCUUUCACCCCGCCCUUUCGGUGGGAGUGUUUUUGUCAGGAAGGGAAGGAACACGAACUUCUUCCCCAAAGGAGCUGACAAAACCAAAGCAAUACAACACCGGAAAUAAGAGAUUAAACCGAGAGAAACAGAGGAAGCGAGUGAGAUUAAGGGAGUCAACAUACCCCGUAAGGGCCCAUACAAUCCGUGCGAAAUCCGUGUGGAUUGGUGCGUCUUCCGCGAGCGCAGGCUUCAUGGAGAACAAUCUGUCAUCCAACGCUGGACCGCCUGAAAGGUCUCCCGUACACAAUCAAACCAGCCGCAUCCCAACGAACCAAAAUGGCAGUGCAGGAUCCCCCCGACAACAGCAGCAGCAGCAGCAGCAGCAACAGACACAGCAACCGAGGCCCCAAACGCUGACGCCCACCCGCGAAUCCCCGGCCAAUGGGUCGAUGGCGAUGCAGACGCUCGUCAUCACGGUGAACAAGGAUGCGACCGGGUACGGCAUGAAGGUGUCCGGCGACAAGCCCGUGUUCGUGGAUAGCGUCAAGCCGGGCGGGGCGGCACGCCGGGCCGGUCUAAUGCCGGACGAUAUGAUCCUGAAGGUCAAUGGAACAUCCGUGCGAGCAUUAACCCACACCCACGUGGUCGAACUGAUCAAAGCCGCAUCGGACGUCGUUGAGCUCACUGUGCAGCGUGGGAGCAACAGAAUGCAGCGCCCAUCGCCAUCGACCAACUCGAUCGCGCCAAUGACGCCGGUUGCGCAACGGAACAGCAUCACCGCUCCGCAGCCCGUUGAUUGUGCCAAGCAACGGGAGAUGGAAGUGCACAAGAUGAACACGCUGCAGCUGAUGCUCGAUCAGGUGAAGAAAAGCCGGGACACUCUGAUCGCCACCAACAAACCGCCCGUCGAGGUGGCCCGGGUCGACGCGACGAUACAGAAGCUGGAGAAGGAGCUGCAGCAAAUGCUUGGCGAGCCCGGCACCUAUCCGGCAUUCAGCCCGUCGGCGCUCAGCUCACCGCCACUGUUUCCGCAGCCGCAGCUCCCGAACAGUGCCCAAACGACCUCCACCACGCCCGCCUUUCUGUCGCGCUUUCCGCGCUCACUGUCCUCGCUGAGCCUGGGCACGAAGAAGAAAUCGAUCGACUCCAAAGAGAUUAGCUCGCCGUCGGCGGCCACCCUGUUCGGUUCCCCCGAGUGCCUUAGCCCAACGGACGGCGGUGGACCGUUCGGUGGGCUCACGUCGUCCGGCACGCCCACAAAGUCAGGGAAGAAGUACAGCGCGAGCAGUGCGGCCGACCAUCACCAUCAUCACCAUCUGCACGGCGGCGGCGGCGGUGGUGGUGGCAACCAUCACGGUCUCCACCUGAACAGGAGCGGCAAUUUUGGUGGAAAACAACAGCAGCAGCAAAGUGCGGACAUACCGCCGCCGCUUCCGCAGCGCAACAACAUUCCAAAACGAGCGGACGACACGGUGGACACGAUGUUGGUCGGGUCGCGGCGCAACAUUCUCGUCUCGGACCUCGAUCACCAGCUCGUGCUGUCGCCGGCGGCCCAGGAAACGGCGAGUUUACAUUCGGCCGGCUCGACCGGCUCGGCAAGCUCGAAAGCGAGCGGUGGCGGCAGUGGGAAAUCCUCACGUGGUAAAAAGAAAAACGGCUCAAGCGCUGCUGCGCACAGCAACAGUGUCAGCAGCAGCAACAACAAUAACAACAACAACAACAACCACAGCAGCAGCAAAGGCGGCAACGCUAACAGCAGUGUCGAUACGACCACGCUGCUUGAUGGCAACGUGCUGGCCACGGCAACGGCCACUACCGAGCUGCAGGCAGAGCCACCGCCCUUACCCCCACGCCAGCCCGGCAUGCUGGAGGUGGUGAACCAGAAUCUCAUACUGAACAGUGACAACAACGCCGGCAGCAGCAGCAGCAAUGGUGCCAACUCGACGACCGCGGCGAGCACACCUAACGGCAACAACAACCACAGCAGCGGGCGGGGUUCGCUCGAGAUGCGGCCGCCACCGAACAGCAUCAACACGCUGAUGAACUAUCCGCUCAUAACGACCUGCACCUCGGUGCGCGACAAUAUGGCGGCCGCCUUUCCGCUCUCCUACCGGCCAAACAUAGUUCACCAGAUGCAGCAGCAUCAGCAAUCGACCGCGAUGAAUCAAUCGGCCGCAGCCGGAGCUGGCGUGAACCAGUCCAUCAGCAAGAAGCACCGCCGCAUCGUGUCGUCGCCGGAAAACAUUGGCGCGAAGGAUUUCGGCAUGGUGGCGGGCGCCGAUCACCAUCACCAUCAUAGUGGGGGAUACCGGCAUCACAAGACGUCAUCCGACUCGUGGGACAAGCGGUCGGAGAUAACGCCACCGGGCACGCCACCGCCACCGUACCUUAGCACCUCGAUGACGACCGGUAGCCCGGCGGGCGGUGGUGGCCAUCCGCAGCAACAGCAUCAUCCGCACCAUCAUCAUCAUCAUGGCGGUCACCAUCCGCAUCACCAUGAGCAUACCACUGCCGGCGAUCUGGCGAUAGCGAAUCCGCUCAGCAGCAUCAACAACAAUCACCAUCAUCACCACCAACAACAGCACCACGGAAACAAUGGCACAGCGACGCACCCGGCAACGGGCCCCAAUAACAUCAAUAGCAUUAACAACAACAAUGGAGCUAGCCACAUGUCCGCCUCGUACCAUGCGCACCAUCACCACCCAUCACACGGACAGCAGUCCACGGUGGGCGCCAUGAAUGCCGGAGGACCGGCAGGAGGCGUUGGUGGUGGUACCGCACCGGGCAGCAGCAUUGUGGCGGCGCAGGCGAACGUCGCCCAGAAGCCGAUCAUCUCGAUGGAGGACGACGACAUCUCAGACCAGGAAAGCUUCAUCGAGGAGAACAGCCCGUUCCGGUCGCUGACGCAGCUGCUCGAAGCGGACAAGUCCGUCUACCUGGCGGUGUUUCUCAACUUUGUGCUCACCAACUCCGACCCGUCGGCGCUGCUGUUCUACAUGAUCACGAUGCUGUACAAGGAGGGCACGGUGAAGGAUAUGCGCAAGUGGGCGUAUGAGAUACACUCGACAUUCCUGGUGCCGGGCGCGCCUCUGCUGUGUGCGAACGUGGACGAGGCGCUGGCGCGCGACAUCGACGACGUGCUGCAGAAGGAAAACGACAAGGCGGAGAUACUGCGCAUGGUGUUCUGGCGCAGCCGGCUGAAGGCGAAGGAAAUGAUCAACCAGCAGCUGCAGCAGUUCCAGACGAAGCGCACGGCCGGGUUGGGGACGAUGUACGGCCCGAACGAUCAGCAGCUCCAGAUGGCCAAGGGCGACAAGGUGAAGGAGCAGCGCAUCAUCGACGAAACGCUGCUGCCCAAGCUGCAGCAGUAUCUCGAUGAACUGGAGCGCGAGUCCCCGAAGGAGGAUCCAAAGAAGUCGGCCCUUUGCUCGGCCCUGUCGACCGUACUGAUGCGGAUCUUCGUUACCCGCUGCAAUCCCGGCGGACCGAUCGACAAGGUGCACCACUUCGUGAGCCGGGAGAAAAGCUUCAAGAGCCGGCUGAUGGCCAAAAACCGGAAGCAAACGAUCCUCGGCCACAAUCUGCACCUGCAGCCGUACUACGAGGUGACGCGCUGCAACCACUGUCAGAACAUACUGUGGGGCGUCAGCCCGCAGGGCUACCACUGCACUAAUUGCGAACUGAACAUCCAUCGGGCUUGUGCAAAAGAUCUGGUCGAGUGCUGUCCCGGGCCGGCGAUACAGAAGAACGACAGCAAAAUCACCAAACUCAUGGAGAAAAUCUCAAGUCGCAAUCAUCAUCAAGAUAAAUCUCGCCGUCACGAUGAUGAUGCGACCGCGGAUGAUACCACCAUUAGCGAGCGAGGAGCAAACACAUCCCUAGCCCGGCAGCCAUCGGACCGACGUCAGGACCUGAGUGGACAGCUAGCUAACACUAGCGGUGCCUCCGACCAUCUCAACAGCUCAUCGUCCGAUGCCUACGGCUACAAACAGUCCGCCGAUGACGAUCAGUUCCGUGAGAAUGUUAAAUCCAAAUCUGCCCCCGUAUCGGUGAACCGAUCCGAAUCGUACAAGGAAAGAUCGCAGAAGAAAACGCGCACCACGCGACGGAAAACGUCCGACCCGAGUCUCACAAAAACGGCUGACGAACAGAAUGAGGCGUCCUCGUUGGCCAACAACAACUAUUCCAGCAGUUCCACAUCUAGUCUUCCAUUGGCACUGGACAGCCGAUCGGCCUCGAUGGAGGCGGUCGGUGGCGGUGCAACGACUGCGGUCUCCUCGGCUGGUCCAGCAGGAACCGUCAGUGGUAUCAACCCGACGCACUCGUCACCGGGCGGCGUCGGCCUACCGUCGAGCGCGUCCACCACGAGCGGCGGCACCGGUGGUGGUUUGCAUGGUGGCCCGGUCGGUAGCGGUGGCAGCGGUGGACCGGGCGGCCUGAACGUUCCUACCGCCCGCGAGUGGAUCGACAGCGACGACGAGGGUACGGUCGAGCCGGAGGCGGACUGGAGCUCGAACAUCGCGCCCGAAAUACUCUCCUCGAUUGGCGAUCUGGAAAAGAAGCGCCAGGAAGUGAUUAACGAGAUUUACCAAACCGAGCGCAAUCACGUCCGCACGCUGAGGCUACUGGAGGGCAUCUUUAUGCGGCCACUGCAGGAGUCCGGUGCGCUGCCGCACGACCUACUGAACCUGCUGUUUCCCCACUCGUUGAUCCACCUGAAAGAUCUCCACACUGCGUUCGAGCUGAAGCUAAAGCAGCGGCGCAGCGAGCACGGCAACAUCGUACGUGAGAUCGGUGAUCUGCUGCUGACUAUGUUCGACGGCCAAACCGGUGAGGAGCUAAAGGAACAUGCGGCCCACUUCUGCGCCCGGCAACAGAUCGCCCUGGAGGCGCUGAAGGAGCGGCGGAAAAAGGACGAGCAGCUGCAGCGCAUUCUGACCAAGGCCGAAUCUCACAAGGCGUGCCGCAGGCUGCAACUAAAGGAUCUGCUGCCGACCGCGCUGCAACGGUUGACCAAGUAUCCGCUGCUGUUCGACAACCUGUAUAACUUUACCGUGCGCAGCACGCCGAAGAACGAGGGCGAGGCGCUCGCUAUCCGGAAGUCGCACGAGUCCGCCAAACGGAUACUGGAUCACGUCAACCAGGCAGUGCGAACGGAGGAAGAUAUGCAUAAGUUGGCCACAAUCCAACGCAAACUCGACAAGAGUGGGCUGGAUAAGGAAGCUGCUGUUGAAUUUAAGAAUAUUGAUCUAACCGUACGUAAGCUAAUCCACGAUGGGCCUUUAACGAUGAAGAAGAAUCCAGGUGUACAACUGCAUGGGCUGCUGUUCGAAGAUAUCAUGGUGUUGCUGCAGAAGCAGGACGACAAGUAUCUUGUCAAGUAUCACUCUAGUCCCGGGCUCGGCGGAAGCGAAAGCAAGUACGCCGAGGGCCGCUUUAAUCCGAUCACCAAAAUCCAUCUCAUCCUGGUGCGACAGAGCGCCGUCGACAAAAACACGUUCUUCCUAAUCAACACCAACGUCUCGCAGAUGCUGGAACUGACCGCGCCGAGCAGCACCGAGUGCAAAACAUGGUUUAAGCAUAUUUCCGAUGCCGCCGAAGCGUACAAAUCACGUACCAAAGGAACGCACGAGUACGGUGAGGACAGUGCCGGUGGUGGUGCUGGUCAGCCACCGAAGGACAGCUUCGAAACCGUCACCGAGACGCAGAAGAUCGAACAGACCUCGACGCCGAUCGAGCGGCUCGAGCGCAAGGACACGCAGUGUCGGGCGGUGAGCAGCAGUGCCGGCCAUCAUCACCAUCACCACCACCCAGCACAGCCGCAUCACCCGCACCAGCAGCAGCAACAGUCACCUGCGAGUCAGCAAGCUGCCGGUCAGCCGCACCACCACCACCAUCAUCAUCAGUCCGGUGGUGGUCGAUCGGAUGACUCGCGCCUCCCGUCCGUGCCCGGUGCGCCCGACUCGAGCGGUGCCAACGAAACGGAGGACAAUCUGGAGAACGAGGAGAAGGAAAAGUUUAAGCGCAGCUCGCGGCGACACGGUUCGCGCGAGGAGUGCAACGGCGGUGGCCGAUCGUCCGACGAGGAGGAGGAGGAGAACGGACAGCAGGAUGACGAGGACGAUGAGCGCUAUACGCGCGGUCAGUCGGGACGCCAGGGAUCGUCAAACAAUACGCGCACGAUCACGCAGCAGUGCUCGCUGGUCGCACCGAGCGAAAUUCACGUGAGCGUAAGCGCGACGCUUACGGCGGAACCGAUCCUCACACCGGCGGAGCAACUGCGCCGGUACGAUCAGCUGAUCCAGAAAACGCUCGCCAGCAAGCAGCGGGUCGUGUGCGACAUGUUCAAGGUGCCGGACGAACACUUCCAGGCGAUCGCGGACAUCGCCGCCCAGCCGGAGGCACCGAAGGAACCGACCGACCUGGUGCUGGCCGCAUUCGCCUACGGCCAAACGUUGAUGGAGAUCGUGAGCGAGUGCAUGCGGGUGUCGGAGAGCCAGCAGGUUAGUGCCGUGUCGACCGCCGUCUGCGAUGACUGCAGCGUGCUGGCUGCUGCUACCGGUCGCACCAAGCAGUCGAACCAUCACCAUCACAUUCCGUCGCCCACCACCACCAAAGAACCGCUCAGCGAGCCGACCGUACCGACGAUAGGUGGUGGUCCAGUGCCUUCGGUAACAGCGGCUGCCGCUACCAUCAGCACCGCGACAGCGGGCACAUUCUACAACAGUGCGCCGGCACCGAUCGGGGUGGUGGCGGCCCAGGAUCAGAACGUCAGCAUCACGGAGGAUGAGGACGGGUACUGUGAGAUCGAUGAAGUCCGAGCUGCGGCCGUGCUGCUGGCGGAGAAUGAGAAGGCCCGUAAGCUUACGGAAGCUGCCGCAGCAGCAGGUGGAGGAGUGGCGAGCGGUGUCGAUACGUUGGAUGAUGGAGGUGACGUUGGUCGUGCUUCGCAAUCGCCCGAGUCUCACAUAGAGAUCAAUGAGAAUUAUGACUCGACGCAGAGUCCAUCCAUGACGCAAAAAUACUCGGGAACAGCGCUGGGACCGGAGCAGUGCGGCAAGAACCGCUUACUUCACGCCUCGAAUCUCGCCCCUACCGUACCGUGCCAUCUGAUAGCGAGCUACGUGACUGGUUUGAACUCGCAAAUUUCGCAGCUCUUGCAUAAGAUUAGUGAAAAGGAUAUGGAACGAGAACAUCUGCGGCGGGAAAAUCAACACUUGCGGGAGCUGCUGAAUGCAAUGCAUCAGGAACGUGUUUUAGAAUCACAGGAAACCAACCAAGAUCAGCAGCAAAACGCACCGGGCGAUGAGCAGACGACGUCAUCAUCUUUUUCUGCGAUAGGCCCGGAAGUGGCAGCAACUCAGCCACCACCAUCGCAGCAGCAGCAACUACAACCAACGUCUCCAUCAUCGGAGGAACCUUCCGGGACGACGGUAGACAACGGGAGUGCACCAACAGUGCCUACGGACUGAAGCAAUAUAAACGGCCGUCAAGAGCAGUAGCCGUGUCUAGUUCGAGCGUGACCACUUGUGCUAGUAGUGCUUAAAGCAGACAGAGAGAGAGAGAGGAGAGGAGAGAUAGAAAGAGCACAAUCGCGAUCGAAUUUGUAUUGUUUUUUUUUGUUUUUAUAGACACAGUGUUGAAAAUAUGUUCCCCAUUUUUAACACAAAUGUAGACGCAAUCGAAGCACACCCUACUCACAAACACACACACACGACAAAAACACGUCGAGAUUCGUGAAUGAAAGCAUGGUGAAAGCAAUCGCCCCUAUUGUGUUAAGGAAAAAAAAGCGAAAUGAACGGAUGGAACCGAAGAAAAGGAUUAGUGAAAUAAAAGUAAACCCACACAGAGACAGAUACACCUCCUUUUUCGCGUAUUUACGCACGAGAACACAUAGACAACAUGUACAGAAUACGUCGCUGGACAGGAAGCGUAUGAACAGAGCCGCGCUUUAACCAGCUGAAGAAGAAUGUUAACAGUUUUAGAAGGUCAAUAUGUUUUGUAUAGUCUGCAACCGCCGCAGUAUACUAAUUGUGAGUAGCGCUUAUACAGUAUCAUUAUUUGGUCAGUGUACAUAAUGCGAAAUUCUCUGCAAACGAGCGCAAACAACUCUCUGCUUCCGCAUUAACCGCACGGUGUCGUAUGUGGCGGAUCGGGUUGUGGUCCGGCUAGCUUCUUGUAACGAUAAUAGUAAGAACUGUAAAGUGACUACAAUUACAUCAGUGAGUAUGCUUAUACGAUGGCAUUAUGUUCCAAUUUGUACAGUAGCUUUCCAUGUUCAUCCUUUUUUAAUCGUUUCGCCGCCCUUUCGCAGUUUUCGAGACCCUGCGCUUAAACAUUCGCCUUCUUUCCGAUCGUUGUUUACGUCACAGGUGGUGUGUUCUGGCUACCCAGCCGACACGCAACAGCAUGUUGUUUCAUUCUUUUGUUCCUUCUCUGUAUGUGUGUGUGUGCGUGUGUUAUUCAGCUGCUGGAUGCCUUGAAAAGCAAAACAACAGACAAAACAAACAAAAUCCGUAAAACAAGUAUACGUGGAGUGGCCGUGUGUCCGAGCACAUCGAUGUAAUUGAUUUACUACUUGUUCUGUGUAUGGACACAAAAACACACACACACACACAUACAUACACAACACACACACUUUAGUGCUUAUGGUUUAGAAAACGAAAAACAAAACACGAACGGUUGAACGCUCUAGCAUUCUUUUAUUAUUAUUAUUAUUAUUAUUAUUAUGAUUAUUAGUUAUAUUAUAUUAUUAUUCUAUUCUAUAUUAAUACUAUUACAUAAAGUAAAAACAAACAAAAAAUGAAACCGAUUUUUAUUGCUAUCAGUUACUGCUAGCACUAACCGACGCGAUGCUGCCGAAACUGUUGUGAAAUCGAAAACAAAACGAAGCGAUGACAAAUUGUGCGGCACACGAACACACCAAGAAUUGAUGGUGAAACAAAGUCCCUGUGAACAACAAAUCGAAAAUGCAAUCAUUGCUUGUUUUUUCAUGCUGUGAUGAACAGGGUAAGAGAGAGAGAGAGAGAGAUAAGUAGAGAUCUUUUUUGUCGCUUCAUUGUUUUCUUCCUUUUUGUUUUGUUAUUUUGGAGAUCGUUAGCAAGCUGGUUUGGUGGGGAAAUAGUAGACAGAAACGAGUAAGGAACGAUACAUCAAUUGAGAAAGUAAGCCAACCAAAGCACCUUUUAAUACAUCGUCGGAAUUGAACAUAUAAAGAUAGAGAGCGAGGGAAAAUGCUUUUACUGAAGAAAGUGCAUUAUGUAAAGUAGUGUCAAAACAGCAACAACAACAACAACAACAAAAUCAAAAACAUAAUACAAUCAUCUUGACCCAACUGGAUACACCAACUUUCAACACUUUUUCCUAAUUAUCCUAUACAAAACACACUCACGACUACCUAUACAUAUAUGCUUUUUAGCUUUAGCCACAAUGGUUAAUGAAAUUUGAAAAUAACAAAAAUACAAAUAGGUUCAAAUUUGCAGCUUAGAACGGAAACAGAAGGAAAAACAAUUCGUGUAAAAAAGGUGCAUGUGAUAUAUUUAGGAAGAAGCAAUGAAACACGACUACUUACUUCAUGUACUCCACAUGUUGAUUUAGUUUCGUUACUAUUCAUACUCUCUUAAUGGGUACUUCCUCUUGUUUUAUUGUUUAGAAGUAGCUCUUUUUAUAUUCUUAUUCUUCUGGAGAUCGUUGUAGUCCUAUUUACGACUUCUCAAAACAUUUACUGUCAUUUUAAAUUUUAUUAGUUAACCGUGUUGCUAAAAAGCGCCAAUCAAGCCGCUAACAAGCCGAUAAUAGGACCGUUUGGCAAUGCUAUACAGAUUGCAUACUUACAUUCACUUGAACUCACUUUCGCCUAAAGAUAUGCAAUCACUGUUGAUGCUCUGCCUUUUUAUCGCAUUGUUGUUAGCAGCUUGUUUAGCGAAGCCGGAACACUUUUUAAUACAAUUGAAAUAGGCAGUUUGAUACCAAAUGUAAGCAACAAGUAGAGUAGGAGGUGGUAGCUUUUGGUGAGAGGAUUGUUAAACCUUCGUCUCCGCAAAUGAAAAAAAAGUUUAAAUAUCCGUAAAAAUUUAAGCAAAAAAAAAAUACUCCGAACGAAAAGUAUUAGUGAGAGAGGGAUGCCUUAUUUUGAAGACAUUUUUUGUGGGCGUUUCAAAGCUACACCUUUAUCGUAAUUGAAGAUAGAAAGAGAGCGGAAGGGUGAAAACCAAAUCGAAAAUGAAAUUCUGAAACAAUUCAUAAACUCUGAUAUCAAUUGGCGUGGAAGUGGUUAAAGGAUUCCUAUCCUCCAUCUUGGUGUUAGGUAUGCUUUAUUUCCUUUCUUUGAGUUGCCUUUUUGCAUGUGGUACACGAUGGAAUUGAAAAAAAAAAAACAAACCAACUCUCUGUGAGGAUUGUUGUUGUAGGCACUAAUCACUAAGUAGGCUAAACGUUUACACCGACUUCCAAUUACUUAGCAAUUUUGAUGUUGUACAUCCUCCGGGCAACAAAAGGGGAUCGUUUCUCCACUUGCUUGGAUGAAUAUCGUUCCAUUGAAAUGCUUUUUGGGUGUAUUUAUUUAUGCUCUGCUGCUUCUUUGCUUUGUUCCUUUCUACAUCUAUUAAUUGAUCGUAGUUUAUUUUAAAAUGAAAAUCAAAGCCAUGUGAACUUUUAUUAAAUUUAUUGUUCCUACUUUCAAGAUAUUGAUUAAAAAAAAGUGUUGUUCGUUUGAAUUGCAACACUAAGUAUUAACACAACAUGUGGCAACUCUCCAAUGUGCUCCUCCAACUGCAACUAUCUAUGCAAAUAAGCUUAAUUGGUAAACGACAAACAUGAACUACAAAAAUAAAUGCACACACUCAGCACGAGAGCUCUGCCACGUUGUGUGUGAUUGAUUGAAACGAGUAACAAUCUAGAGCAAAAAAAAAUAUAAACCUUUUGCAAAAAUAAACACACAAUCGCGACACACUCUGUCCAAUAGUUGCAUGCAUUUACAUAUACAUAUACCUACGUAUAUUUGCAUACUGGGGAAAACCCAAAGCGCCCCCUCCCAUCGUUAACAACCACCCGCUCGGGUUUUCUUAUCUCUUGACGCAUGUAAAGCAUUUUGGCUAAAGCGGGGAGCGGGAUGUGAGACCAUUAUCAGCUUUCCUCUUUUUCCUCUUCCCCACACUCGGCACUCGGUAUAGGCAUUUAAGACAACAACAAAAACGCACCCAAUACUGCACCUCCUGUAAUACAAAGAUUGAAGGGGUGACAGCAUUUUUUUGUAUUGAAAAAAAAAUGGGAGAAACAGAUAGAGAGAAAAAAAGGAAUUUGGACAGCUCGUCCUAAAUACUGAGUGAUGUUUGUACGUGUACGUGUGGGUGUGUGUGUGUGUGUACGAGUUUAUAUCGCACGACAUCAACAUUGAUUGUAAUGUUUGCAGGACAACAUUACAGCACAAAUACAUAUACACACAACAUACACACGUUCUACGGUUAAAUAAGAAAGCAAAAACAAAUGUAAUAAAACUAUACUAACACAUACUCCGACGAAACAAAGAGAA